CGAAUUUACUGUUUAAAUGAAAAAACGUAUUUCUAAUUGAGAUUAACAAUAUUCCAUUGUUGUAUUCAAGUGUAUGUGCCGCGGAUCUUAAGUGGAUGGCCUCUUGCCCGGUCAUCGAUUUCGGGAAAAGAUUACUGUGGAAUGAUGCGUGAGGGUUGGAAAUUGUGGAGCAACAGCUCAGAGGGUCACAGCAGCGAUCCCGAAGAGGAGGAUGAAGAAGAGAUGGCGUUCAGAGAGAUUGAGGAAGACUCCGAGGAGAUGAUGGACUUAAGUGAUCUACCUACAGCUCUGUUUGCCUGUACCGUGCAUGAGGCCGUGUUCGAGGAGGACAGGCAGAGGGAGCGGUUUGAGGCUCUGUUCAGGAUCUAUGAUGAUCAGACGACCUUCCAGAUGUUCAAGAGUUUCAGAAGAGUUCGGAUCAGCUUUAGUACUCCAGAGGCUGCUGCACGCGCACGCAUCGAGCUCCAUGAAUCCGAUUUCAGCGGCACUAAACUAAAACUGUACUUCGCACAGGUGCAGAAUUCAGGGGACGAUGUGGACAAGACAUACCUUGCCCCACCUCAACCUGUCAAGCAGUUCCUCAUCUCUCCACCUGCAUCCCCACCUGUGGGAUGGAGCCAGAGUGAAGAUGCCACACCAGUGACCAACUACGACCUGCUGUGUGCUGUGGCCAAACUGGGACCAGGUGAGAAGUACGAGCUGCAUGCGGGUACAGAGUCCACUCCUAGCGUGGUGGUCCAUGUGUGUGAGAGCGAAAAUGAGGAUGAGGAAGAAGCCCAGCCAAAAACCAAGAUUGUCCAGACCAGACGCCCCGACGGUCCCCCGAAAGUCUACAACUAAAACCUUUGGCACACUUUACACAUUUUUCUCUCUCUGUGUGUCUCUUUCUCUCAUCCAGGGAAAGGCACGCUUUAUUUCAAUAACAAAAAAAGCUAAACUAAGAAAUGGAUGGAUUUGGAGGGGUGCUCUGUGCACAGGUGACGUGUGGUGUUCUGAACUGGACUCGUGGACUGAACACACUGUCUCACUGCUGCCUCACGGGACAGCCAGGGGGCGAUGAGCUUGCAACCCCCCUCUCACAAUCAUAACACUUUCAUUCUCUCAUUUAAAGUCAUUGUACUGUCGCAUUGAAGAGCAGUAAUUGUCUUUAACAGUCGUAGAAGUAGGUUACAUGUAAACUUUGUUACUGUUUGUCACUUUGAUUGAUCAUCAAAGAAAAUAAUGCUUUAAAAAAGGAAGCAGACCCAUUCUGCUUUUUCUGUUUCUCUCUCGACAGCCGUGUCCGCGUUUAUCUCCAUAUCAGUCAGGUUGGCACACCUGCAGAGGUGGCGCUGCUCGCUGGGAUUGUGACGUGUGCGUAUUUAUGCCUGUUCAUACCAUGCUAGAAUGGGAUGACAAGUUGUUUAAUGGAAAUGGUAAGAACGAAGGUGUCGACUGAAGUGUUUCUGUCAUGUUGGUUAUGACGAGAGGGUGUUUACUAAGUUAGAUGUGUAUUAUUUUUACUGUGUAUUUGAUAGCACACAUUUUUGCAUGCUAACUGGCGUAUUUUACACUCUAUGUUAAAGCAACUUGUGAUUGUCCUUGGAAAGCAAAGAAACAGUUGUCAGGCGUAAAGUUCAACGUUUUGUACUUGUAUAGCACAUCAUUCACUUGCAGGCCAGACAAACAAUUAGGAAAAAGCACAUGGUUUGGGUCUUAGUUUUACACCAUUUCUGUUUGGCGUGCUUCUGCACCACUUGCAUUGGGGUUUUUUUGCAAGGUUUUUCAUAUCUUCAUAGAUUUACUGAAUCUACAUUGACAUGCUCAAUUUUCGAAAUGAAAAACAAUGUGCCAAGCGACUUGGCCCAGAACCACUGUGUCAACGCUUGACUACUGUCAUAUCAAUGUUAAUUAAGUUGUGUAUUUUGCAUUGACAGAUCAAAUCAUAAAAUCCGAAAAAUGAAAAUUCUGUCAUCAUUUACUCAUUUACUUUCAAACCUGUAUGACGUUCUUUCUUCUGCAGAACAUAAGUUAUUUUGAAGAAUCUUGGCAACCAAACCGUUUUGGUGCCUUUUGACUUAUAUUGUAUGGAAAUUUCUUCUCUUAUCCCAGUUCUUUUGUGUCUCGCAAAAUCCUAAUUUUUUAUUUUUUUGGUUUAUAAAC